AGGCGGUGCGGAGGUGAAGGAUGCUGGCCGGGAAGCCCGGAGCCCGGAGCGCGGUCGCAGAUCUGGACGCCGAAUCCUCAGACACCCGCAGCAGAGCCCCUCUCAGCCCUCGGGAGAGCGGCGGGCGUCACCGACCUGGCGCUUACCUAGAUAUGAAAAUCCAUCUAGAGAAAAAUUUAGAAGAAGAGCGCCAAAUAUUACUGCAGCAACAAAAAAUAUGUCGAAAUCGAGCACGUAAAUAUUUUGUGGAGUCAAACCGAAGAAAAAAAGCCUUUGAAGAAAAACGAAAAGAGCAAGAAGAAAGAGAACACCAACUCAGAGAACAAGUACUUCAACAAAGAAAACAGAAGUUUGAGGAAGUUACUGAAAGAUUCCAACGUGCCCAUAUUCCUCUUUCACAGCGCAGGAGAUCAGUGUUUAAAAAAACAGUUCCUCCAUUAGAAGAGGCCCUAAAACAAAUUCAGGGCUCCAACUUAAAUUCAGAAUUAAAUCUUCCCACAUCCCACAGACCAACAAUUAACUGGAGAGCUAUAGAUUCUGCCUUGCCUUCAGCAUUGUCAAACAAUGAUCACAAGCAUCAGAUACAUCUCUUAUCCAAAGUCAGUUGCAAUAAAGAAAUGAAGGAAAACAGCAGGGCAAACUUGGCCACUAACAAAGAUGCAUUCCAGCUUAAACUGGAGGAAACUCAGAAACUCCUAGAAGAGCAACAUUUAAGCAGUUUGCAAAAAUUUUGUGAUGAAGUUAAUCGGAUAACCAAUUCUGAAACUCUUUCAAGUAUAGACAGUCUUGAAGCUGGGGAGCGUGAAGAAAUAUAUUUAACACUAAAUAAGGACCAUUCUACAUCAAUCCAGCAGAAUUCCAUUCACCUCAAAUCAGCAAAUCUGCAGUCAACUAAUCUAAACUUCUUUGAUGAAGAUAAACUAUCAUUCUCUAAAACUCAACACAUAAAUAAUUGGCUUAUAAAUUUAGAUGAUCCAGAUACUCAGACUGUCGCACCAUUCUCAGAUAUUUUAAGUAAACCUAAUGUUCUGCCUUCAUGUGAACGUCUUAAUAGUAGAGAACAAAAUUCACCUAUUCUGAGUAGAACUGUGGAAAGAACUACAAAUACUGCUAAUAAUUCGGUAGCCUUUGUACAUAGUCCACGCAUAUUUGCACAAAAUAAGAAAAACGAAAAAACUUCUGCAACUAGCACUGUUGGAACAACUGACUCCUCUUCUGAGGCGUUCAAAAUGGAGAGACCAUUUGUUACUGAAAGCCCAACAUUUAAAUUCAGUAAAGCCUGGACCACGCCAGAUUCUCUAACCCGAGAAGUUGCUACAUUUUUAGACCAAGAGAACUAUUCUGAAUUAACUCAACAAAAUGCAGCUACUUCAAUUCAUACUUCAUUUGUACCAGUGGCAGCACCUUUAGUUUUGGCACCUAAUGUACAAUCAGCUAGACCUUUACCGAUGGACGGUAUACACGUAAAAGAAAUUGACCCAGUGCAGUGUUCUGAUAAGUUAGAUCAGUUGAAAGAUGUUAAAGAUGAAAAGAUGCAAUAUUUUAACGAUAAUAAGAAAGAAUUGCCUCUAUUUUCAGAUGAUCUUCAAGUUGAUAUGCCUCACAACCCUGAUUCAAAAGAUAAAACACAGAAAAUAGCUGAAACAUCGUCUAAUGUAAUUUCUAAUUAUGACGUAGUUGGUCAUCACAAGAAAAUGAAGUACAACAUUCAUGAGAGAAAUGGUGUGAGGUUUAUUAAAAGUAUUUUAAAGAAAGAAUCUAAAUAUGACCAUCAUUAUUUUAAGGCACUGAUUAUGAAUCAAGACUGUAAGUUUGGAAAUAAAAAAGCAGCAGCUAUCAGAGAUAGUAUUGAAUUAACAAAAGAAAAAGGGAGAGGUGCAGAAGUUCCAAGAACUAUUAAAAAACUGAGGUGGCUUGAUGAAAGUGGCAAUACAGAAAACAAUGCUGAAGAGAAUUAUUCGCUGAAAAAUAGAACAGGAAUAGCUCAGCAAUGGUCUCAACAAUUUCACACCCUAACUAAAAGUGGUGCUGCCAGCAACAUAAUUAGUGUUCCUGCUUCUGCUGUAAAUUCUGCUGACAGAAAAAAGCCCAAGGAUGAUUCUGUCUCUGAAAAUGUUGCUGUAGGAGGAUCUGAAAGAGACCAUGUGCCUUUGAACUGUUUUUUUGUGCCUUCAGGUUAUAACUUUGCUAAACAAGCCUGGCUAGCCUCAAAAAAAGAGGAGAGUAAAUCCCUUGCACAUAAUGGUGAUUCUGUAACUCAGAAAGCUAAUCCACAAAGCGAUGGCACAAAUGUAAUUAGAAGAACAAAAUCUGCUAAAGCCUCAUCAGGCUUUAUAUAUACGAACAGAAAAGGCACUAUCAUUAAACCACAUUCUGCAAGCAAAGCCAAAACAUUCAUACAAACUCAGGGUAAACUAACUGUACCUCCUCCUCCUCCUAAAUCCACAUCAAAUAUUAGGAGUGGUAAAAAUAUAAAAGUGUCUCGUCAAUCAAUAAUGCCUGAAAAUUCUGAAAACAUUACACACAACUGUUUUAAUUCAAAAUAUGUACUUCCAAUGGAAUAUCAUUUCAAUCAGGGGACUCAAGAAAGUAGUCCUCCGCUCUCAGAUGCUUCUUCUGACUUAGUCACUGUGAUACCGUCUCUACCUUCUUAUUGUAAGUCCGAGUGCCAAACAUUCGCGAAAAUAAAUCACUCAAAUGGCACUCAAAUGGUUGCUCAGCAAGAUAGGACAUUAUAUUGCACCCAAAAAUGCCCUGUUUAUGAAGAAAGCCAUCAUGAUGUGACCCUUAAAACUACUGGAGAAGAAUCCAUUCCCAUAUGGAAAAUAGGGCAUAAUAACAUUCUGGGUCAAAAUGAGAGGGCUGCUGAUUCUACCAUUACGAGAAGAAAACGAAUUGUUGAAAAUAAGCGGAGAGGUCUUUUAGAGCAGAAAAGACAAAAUCCUGGAUAUCUAGGACAGAAGUACAGUGAGCAAAUGCAUGUAAGUACACAGAAUGUCCAGAUAAGUUCACGUGAGCCAAAACAAACUACAAGGGGUACUUCUAAUAUUGAAGAAGUUUCAGAUAGUACUUGUGAGUUUUUGAUGGCUGAAAACCUACUGAAAGCUUCAGUACCUGAGGAUGAAAUUCUAACUGUCAUGAAUAGCAAGCAGCUACAGAAACCAAAUCUGGCUUUAAAUAAGACUCAGAGUUUCAACAUCUGUACAUUAUCAGUUGAAGAACAGAAGAUCCUACAGUCCCUUAAUCAUCUCAAUGAAAGAUUACAUUAUGUGCAAGAAACCGUUUGCAAAAAUCCAUCCAUCAAAAAUAUUUUACAAAUAAUACCACUUCUGCAAGAAUUUAUAAUCUGUAAAAAUACCACUGAUUCUGGAGUUCUUCCAGAACCCUUUAAUGAGUAUUGA